UAACUUUGUUAUAGGGGAAAACAUAAAUGCAGUGUAACCAUGAGAGAACCAGUCAUUUGGAACGUUUUUCUGAAGACUGUAUAGUGUUCAAUAUAUCUACCAACUAACCAAUUUAUAAAUAAUAUUUCAAGGAGUGUCAUCCAUGUGUGCCCUCUAAAACUUUCAUCUAAACCGAGCAUUUUUAUGUUUAGGCUCAGGCCAUUAUCUAUGCAAUUAAAAUGAAAUAUCAGACCAUAAAUAUAGGAGCCUGACAAAAAUGCUCAUCUUAGAAGAAACUUUUAAACAGCACUUUUGCAUCUGAAUUCUUCAAAUGUUAUUGCAAUUGUUGUUUAGUUUCAUCUAACCUGAUCAACAGUCACCCCAGAAACUAAUUUGGAUGAUUAUACUAUUUCUGAUACCAUAGGCUAUGCUUGCUUGGCUUUGUAGUUGGCUUAUGUAUUUUUUUUCGCCACGCUUUUUUCCCCAGACUUUUGUUCGACUUUGAAACAAAAUGAAGAUAUUUGUAAUAUUCUCUGGUAACGUUUGUCCAUCCUUUGAAAGGCAACACGCCCAAAAUUUUUCUGAAGCAUGACUACAUUCAGUUUCACAGUCUUGUGAAUAGGGUCUAUGGAGGACAGAAAUGUCUAGACUUCGGCGCUGGUCCAUCGAGCUGUUUGUCAUGUUCAUGGAUUUCCUUUUUGGUUCGGUUUAGUUUGGUUCAGAAAGUAAAGGACGGGUUCGGAAAGAGUCGGUUCGGACUGGACAGGACAGGAAAAGAAAUUAAAAGGAAAGGACGUGUGGCCAAGUAUAGUAUAUGCCAUACCUAGAAUUUUUGCUUUGCAUUUCAUCACACAGUAGUGAGUAGUUAAUAAACACACACACACACACACACACACACACACACACACACACACACACACCCCAGAGCAAUGAGCAGCCAGUUGGAGCUUGGGUGCAUUGCUUCUCCACCUUCUCCACCUAUGGCUGAGGCUUCUGGUUCAAUAGCCGCUAUCUGUGAAGAAUAACAGUAAAGGGUAAAACUGCACUACUAACAAGUGUGUUCAUAAUUAAGUUAAUGCAUUAAAAUAAUCCAAUUUUUAAUAUCAAGCAGCAAAGCAAAAAUAGCUGGACGCGGAUGAGACUGGAAGCUGGAGCCAUAGAAUUUACAAAUGGACAGACUCAUUUUUACAUCAAGAAAAAGCUGUAUAGAUCUCACCUUAGUCUUGGUAUUGAGGGUGGAAGAGAGAGCCGGCCAUUCACGACAAUUCCUGCCAAUAUUGAGACGCAAACCUGCAACAAUUAAAUUGCAGAUCUCACUCUCUAACCGUUACGCCACAAAUAGUACGAUAGUCUGAAGAUGCCAAAAAGUGUGUACGAACCAAUAGUUAUAGGUCUAAAGCGACUAAGCAAGUAAACAAAUAUAAUGAUUUUAAUGUUGCAGCUUUAAUAAAAACAUUUGUAAUAAAGAAACUGAAAAACGAUUUGAAAUGGUAACGAAACAAUUAUUUUUAUGGUUUGUAUAGCCGCAGUCUCUUUCUCUCUUUGAAUGAUAAGUACAGACUACUGCCCCCUUUAGGUAUGGAGAGUUAUUUCCUCUCACGCAGAUGCAGAACGUACAUUCUAGCUGACCUUUGCAUGCAGUCUUUGACAUGUGUUCAAGUGCAUUUUUUUUUUUUUUACCCAGAUGCAGGUGACAACACAGUCAGCGUUCUUCACCUCUAGCUCUUUGAUUUCUGUUUCAUGUGUCACGAGCUAAGGCAUGAAGUGAAAAGUACACAAGGACUGAAUGAGUAUUCUAAAUGCGACAUAGCUCUCUCUCUCUCUCUCUCUCUCUCUCAGUCUGCUUGCAUUUUUAUUUUUCUCAGCUCAGCUAUGCUUGUGGUUAUUGUUCUAAAUAGAAGGAUGAAAAAGAAAAAGGCUACAUCAAGCCUGCACAUAAGCACUACCCCAGUGAACUUUCUUUUUCCUACGGUUACUUAUGUUACUUGUUAUUUCAUUACAGCUCAAACUGCUUGAAGAAGUGUGUGAGUGUGUGUAGAGUAGGGGAAGCUGUGGCUAAGAGCUCGUGCACAGGAGAGGAAGGUGUGAACUCGUAGGCCUGAUGCAUUGCCGUGAAUAUGCAUUUUUAGACACGUGUAUGCUUGUGUGGGCAUUUGUGCGUUAUGUAUUCCCAUUUAUAUAGAUUGCACUUCCAGCCUACUCAAAUGGAAUUUCCUGUCACUUAGAAAUAAUACUACUUUAAAGAUUUAAAGAGGGGUCUGACUCUUCGUUUUUUUUUCUCUUUCGGCCCCACUGGAGUGCAUGUUCUCACUUCGUCCGCCCACCUGCAGGCUUUAUGAGUGAUGGUUAUCUUUCACUCUCGCUGUGGGUCUCUCGCCGCGUUGCAGUGGGUCUUCUCGCACCUUGUCAUCUCUGAAGUGGCCAGAGACGGUGAGCACGCACAUGGCUCCGGGUAAAGUUUUGUAUCCUUCGGUAUUCACGGUGGACAGCAAAAUGGGGCCCCCUCCGCUGCCCCUCAAGCCGGGCCGUAGACAGCGGAGGGAUGUGAUCCAGACUCUGCUGGUGAUUCUGGUGUGUGUGGCUCUUUGUGGCAUGGCCGUGGAGGCCUGUUUCAUCUACCAUCUGUUCACAUCAAAAGAAAACUCUACACCUCCAGAUGAACCACUGACUGGCAUGAGAAAACAAGAGAAAGAACAUGCUGCCCCCCCCAAACAAAAGCCGCAUGGAGAAAUGAAGCCACCAAAACCAAUGGCACAUCUGACAACUGGUAUGAAACCUGUUAACGGAGUCGUGCUGUGGCAUGAAAAUCAUAAUUUCUUUCUUUACCAAGUCAAACACAAGGCAAACGAGGGCAAACUCAUCAUAGAGAAAGAAGGAUAUUACUCUGUCUACUCUAAGAUCAACUUCGAGGUGGACAGCAUCUUGAUCAGCCACUCUGUGCUCAGGGUAACGCACAGAUUUUUAGGAAACGAGAUUCCGCUUCUCCAGUCCACUAGGCUACGUCUGAAAUUGACAACCAUAGACAGCAGCUACCUAAGUGGGGUGUUUCAUCUGUACAAAGGCGAUGCUGUCUUUGUCAUGGUGAAAAACGGUACGCUUGUGCUGUCCAACAGUGCGGAGAACUACUUUGGUCUGUUCAUGGUUUAGACGGACUGUUACCGUACGACUAAUGCGCGAUUUGGAUAAGUUUACAGACUAUGACUAUACUUGGUUUUCCUUUAAAACUGUACGUUUCUUCUGUAAACGUCUGUUUACUUCUGUAAACUAGCAUGUAAUGUAUGCCUCUAUCUGUGUGUAGCACCUGCAGCUCUUUUGAUCUAAACCGUAAAAAUCAACCAAAGUAUCAAACCAAAAUAACAUUUUCACGUUUAAUUCAGUGUUGUACUUGUUUUUUCUUUGUGAGUUAUUUGUGAAAUUUACUUACUAUAUAUCCUAUAUACUAUACAUUUUUGUUUA